AUGCAGAUGUCUCUCCACCAUGCCGGCGGGGAUGAAGCCGCUGGAGAAGUUCCUGAAGAAGCAGACCACGGCGCUGACCCGGGCCGGGGGGUUUGUUGGGGGGGUGGCGGACAAGGCCAGCGGGGGGUGGGGGCGUCCCGCCGCCGGG